GCCGAGUGCGUAUUUACAAAGUUUGUCAGCUACGAGGCACCGUAGUGGCUUUUACCCCGGCCGGGUGGGUUGGGCUGGGCGGCUGAAGCUCGGCUCAGUUUAGGACAUCCCGAUGGCUGCGGUGUUCCUGGUAACGCUGUAUGAAUAUUCGCCGCUUUUCUACAUAGCGGUGGUCUUUACCUGCUUCAUCGUGACCACCGGCUUGGUAUUGGGAUGUCCCCGUCGCUGCGGGUAUCUGGGGGUGGUGCCGGAUCGAGGUAUAAUACCACUUUUGUUUCUAAGAGAUAAAGCGAUUUCCAUGGUGUCAGUAAUUCAUAUUCCUGAUAAGACUUAUAAACUUUCCUGUAGAAUGUUGUAUCAAUAUUUACUCCUGGCUCAAGGUCAAUUUCAUGAUCUUAAGCAACUUUUCAUGUCUGCAAAUAAUAAUUCCACUCCCUCCAGCACUUCCUCUCCAGAAGAAAAAAGCAUAGAGCGCAGUUUGCUGGAAAAGGCCGGACUGUCCGAGAGUGAAGCGGAGGCUCCGGAGGAGAACAGCAAGGACUGUGUGGUUUGCCAGAACGGAACUGUGAACUGGGUGCUUCUGCCGUGUCGACACACGUGCUUGUGUGACGGCUGUGUUCGGUAUUUUCAGCAGUGCCCAAUGUGCAGGCAGUUUGUUCAGGAAUCUUUUACACUUUGCAGUCAAAAGGAACAAGAGAAAGACAAACUGAAAGCUCUUUGAGAGUGUUGUUACAACUGAAAAGUAUACGUUCCACUGAAGAUGUAGAAAUUUGCGUUCUUGGAAUUAAUCAUAACAUGGAAUCUACAGUGUUGACCAUCAGUGAAAAUUCUAUUUUAAUUUCACAUUUGUACGGUACAUGGAUGAUGAAAAUGAAUUCCUUUCUGUUCAGUAUGAUAAAUACUGGAAUACCAUCUGCGCUAAUACAUAAAAAUUCAUUCAACUCUUGAGAAGAGUGUAAAUGUUUGGCCUUUUAUCAGCUAGGGGAUUUCAUACAAUGUAGAUUAGGAAAAUUCUGAAAAGCAACCCAUCUAAAAUCUGAGGAGGUAAAAGUCAAGAUCUCUGGAUGUUUUGCCUUUCCCAUCAUUUGGAGUGCGAUUGGGAAAAAACUGAAUUCUUCCUAAAGCAAUUGUAUGUUCCCCAGUUUAUAAAGGAGUUGGAAAGGGCUUCUAACUCUAAAUCUUUUCCUAAAAUAACAGCUUUUAUAAAUAUCCAUCUAAUUUUCUUUAUAGUCACAUAAACACAAGUCUUAAUUUUAAUAUAGCAUCUUAAGUCAUAAACAAGAUACAAUUAUUAUCUGUUCUCAGUGUAUCAUAGAUUAAAAUGAUACUCCUCUGUAGGAAGCAGAUAUAUAAAACUUGGAUAAUAAAUUCCUUGGAUAACUAAAUUUAUUGUCAAGUAUGAUUAGGUUAGCAGAAUGUGACCUGUCGGGAAAGAACUGUGAGACUCGUAAUGCCUUACCUUAGAUUUCCUCCUGCAUAACAAAUCUGUCUAAAACCAGAGAGGUUUUGGAGCCAGAAAAACUGCUAAGAGAAACAAAUAACUAUUUUUUUCUACUGUAUUUUUAUUCCAAAUAAACCCAUAUCCUUCAGAAUAGUAACCUGAUUGGCAAAAAGCCCCAUCCCCCAUGCUUUCCAAGAUGACAAAAAAAAAAAAAAAAAGUAAAUCAGAGCUUUCUGUGUCUUCAGGACAUAUUACCUUCCACUCACCAAGAAAUUAGAUCAUGGCAAGUAAACUGAACUUCAGGGAAAUUUUCAAGGCUUCUUUGUCCUGUUUGUAUGAAGAAUAAUGCCUUAUCUUUGUAUCAGUGUUUUUACAUAGCAUCAUUUCAUUCUAAUCAAAUACAACAAUCUGAAGAAGACAUUACCUAUUCUCCAUUUUAUAAACCAAAUCAGACUUUCAUCUCUGCUCAGUAGCUAUGUAUUAAAUACCUUCUAAGGGCCAGAUACCUUUUGGCAGUCUGAGCUACAAAGAAUCAGGCAAAACUUCCGACCUCAGAGUAUCUGUGCCUCUACAGCAUUGCAGAAACUCGUCCCCACCUCGGAAAUUCUAGAGCUCUGUUCCAACCCUGCCGCUGGAAGCAGGGGCAGUCGAAAGCUACAGUCUCUGCAGCAGUUAGCUAGCAACAGCUUAUCUGGGAAACUCACCCUGUGGAGUAAAUUGGGGGAAUCUUCAAGGAUCACUUUGUCCAUCUCAGCCAGCCCGCUUCUCCUUCCAGUUUGUACUGAAACUGUCUGAGACAUAUGGUUGCUUUCUCAUCUGUGAUAGAUUCCACCUGCAGUCUUCCUCCAUUCCUUGUAACUGUUUUAUUGUAGUAAAAUAUACAUAACAGGAAA